GACCUGGUGGUGUGCGGUAGCAGUUUGACGGCUCUAGCCAUGAGAUUCGCCGAGGAGUUGAAGACUCACUUCAUGGAUGUUCUCGAGGGACUGGAGGAGCUCUGGCUGGUGGCCAGAAACAGCGACAUGUGCUCGGAUAUGUGUAGAAGCAGCCCGCGCGGAGGUUUCUAUGGAAGCCAGACAUUCUACUAUGGAUACCCCUAUCAGUAUGGACCACCACAUCGCCUCCACCACCCUGGCAGUCCAGUCAGCCAGCCACCGCCGCUACCUGCCUGUCCACCUCCAGUCACAGUUUCCGGGGGAUACAUGGACCGGUGUUAUAGCCUGCAGAGUCACCUGGACGGGGUUCACUACAGACCAGAGCAGAUGAGCCACCAGAACUACAUGUACACUGAUGGAGAAUCCACGACUUCAGCAGACGAUAAGAAAAAGGGCGGGUCAGUGUUUGGUCGCUUCCUCAGAAACAUUGGCCUCCGCAAGUCCAACAGAAAAGGCUCCUACAACAAAUACCAUGGUGAUCUCAGCGCGUAUGAGAUCAGCAUGUCUGACGAGGAUAGGAUGGCUUUGAUGAUUCUGGUGAAGGAGGGCAAGAUCAGUACCCACACCGCCUUGGCAGUGGUGCAGAAGUUUGAGGAGGGACGCAAGGCUGCAGGGAAGGUUGGUCCCCCAGACAGUGGCAAAGAAAACGUGUGUGACACCCCAUCAAAGAAAGGCAAGAAAAAGAAAAGCAUCAAGUCCCUGAAGUCACAGUCAUCCACAUCAACAG